CACUUGCAGAUACCCAGAAGCUGGUCACAGGAUGGCAAUUUCAUCUGGAAUUCAAUCAGGAGCACAGCUAACCGGACAGGGGGCGGAGUCUCCUUCAGGCCCCGCCCCCAGCUCGUCGCUGAGGCCUCUGGGAAGGGGUGGGCUCCGGCCAGCACUGAGUUUAUCUGUAAUGGCUGCCUAGUGUUUAUACAUUUUUUUUUUUGCCUCCAGGUUUAUUUGCUGGGGCUGGGUGCCUGCACCACAAAUCCACUGCUCCUGGAGGCCUUUUUUUUUUUUUUUUUUUUUCAUUUUUGUUGCCCUUCCUGUCCUUAUUGCUAUUGUUGCCAUUGAUGUCGUUGUUAGGUAGGACAGAGCAAAAUCGAGAGAGGGGAAGACAGAGAGGGGGGAGAGAAAUACAGACGCCUGCAGACCUGCUUCACCGCUUGUGAAGAGACCCCCCCCCCCACGCAGGUGAGGAGCCGGGGGCUCAAACCGGGAUCCUUAAGCUGGUCCUUGAGCUUUGCGCCACGUGCGCUUAACCCGCUGCGCUACCGCCCGACCCCCGUGUACAUUUUUUCGCGCGAAUCUCCACCCGAGAGGGGCGCCCGAUCUGCUUCCAUUGCUGGUUGGGUUGACAAACCGUGGGAGGUCCAAGGCGGCGGAGGAAUUGAGCCAGCCGCCGAGUCCAGGGCUGGGAAGCUUGAGGGAGGGCGGUGCGCCAGGAGGCGGUGCCUGCGAGCCGGGAUGAGGGUCGGUGCGGCCAAGCCCCCGCGCUGUCAAGCCCCCCUUCGCCACGCCCCGUCCGCCACGCCCCCACCCGUUACGCCCAUCCGCCCCGCCCCCCCAGUCACGUGCCCCCACCCCCAGCUGCGGCGCUCCCGUCCCGCUUCCGGGUUGGCGAGGCAGCAGGCUCCAAGGGCUUCUGCACCCACCAUUCAAGCUCAGAAGAAGCCGAGGUCGACUGGCAGCUCUCUCCAAGGCUGGCGGCCCCUUGCUGUCAUUUACAGCUCCUCCAGGGCGUUGUGGGAAGUGCUCAGUAAAUUUUAGGCCUUCCAGGAGCCCGGGAGAAGAGUGUUUUGGAUCCAGUAGACAAAACCCUGCCGCCGAAGGUGAGAGUGCUCUCGGAACCCACAAGUCUGAGCCACCCCGAGCCCUGUAGGAUGUUGAGGGUGGAAGCAGUGGCAGCUCAGCAGGAACUCAUCAGAAAGAAAUUACCUCCAACCUGAGAACUCUGGGCUGAUGUUGGGGUUGGAAGAGGGAACAGAAUUCAUAGCUGGGGUUGGUGAUGAAACCUUGGUUCUUUUUGACCCCUUCAUCUGCAGGGAGCACGGAUUGAAUCAAGUCACAGCAUCCAGGAUAUAGGGAGAAUGAAAAAAAAAAUCAUAGAAAUUUUGCCCCAGGAGAGAGACAAGCAUUACUAGUAUCUGAGUGGGCAGCUGUCUGUACUACAUGGGUCAGAAAGUAGGAAAUGUUACAAUACGAGUCCGAUCAGGUGAAAAAGCUCCCCCACUCUACCUUAUAGAGCCAGAACUGAUCAAUUCAAUUCCUCCACGCAGACCUGGGCUUUCAGAGCUCCUUUCUCAUCAUUUCAGCAUUCCACCUUUUCCUGAGAGGAGGAGGAGGAGGAUCAACGAAGUCCCAGGGCCCUCACCCAAUCCAGUCCAGAACUUUGCUAUGGAAGACACAGGAGGAAAGGAGAUGGCAUCAGCAGAAGCCUCAGGCUUCUCAGACUUGAGUGACUCGGAGUUUCUGGACCUGGAAGAUACCCAGGAGUCAAGUCCAUCACUUGGCAAGCCUGGCUCUUCUGAAUUCCCUAAGAGUGACAAAUGUAUAAACUUACCAAAGGGGAAAAGAGAUUUGGAUGUUCCAUCACCCCUGGAGCGAUUUAACCUUAAAUAUUUGUAUGUCACUGACCUGUCUACUCAGAAUUGGUGUGAACAACAAAUGGUAUAUGGGAAAGAAAUUCCUGAUUUCUUGACACCUGAGAAGGAAGCUGUUUUAAACACUGGUGCCAGCAUCCACCUAGCUAGAGAACUAGAAGUUCAUGAUCUUGUGACUGUCUCCGUCGUCACUAAAGAAGAUGCUUGGGCAGUCAAGUUUCUGAACAUAUUGUCAAUGAUUCCUACCCUGCAAUCAGAAGGGUGCAUCAGAGAGUUCCCAGUGUUUGGAGAAGUGGAGGGUGUGCUUCUUGUUGGAGUUAUCGAUGAGCUGCAUUAUACAGACAAGGGGGAACUGGAACUGGCUGAACUCAAGACACGCCGGCGGCCUAUGACCCCUCUGAAAGCUCAGAAAAGGAAAGACUGUUUUCAAGUUAGCCUAUACAAAUAUAUCUUUGAUGCCAUGGUACAAGGGAAAGUGACCCCUGCUAGCUUAAUCCACCACACAAAACUGUGUCCAGAAAAGCCCCUGGGACCUUCAGUGUUGAGGCAUGCACAGCAGGGAGGCUUCUCUGUGAAAUCUUUUGGCGACCUCAUGGAGCUGGUCUUCUUAUCUCUAACACUGUCUGACCUGCCAGUCAUUGACAUCCUGAAGAUUGAGUAUAUCCACCAAGAAACUGCCGCUGUGCUAGACACAGAGGUUGUGACCUUCGAAGAGAAGGAGGUGAAAAGCAAGAUGCAGCACUACAUGGCCUACUGGAUGGGCCAGCGAGAGCCACAGGGGGUUGAUGUGGAGGAUGCUUGGAAGUGCCGGACAUGCAGCUAUGCAGAUAUCUGUGAGUGGAGGAAAUGUGGUGGGCAGUGCAGCUCCACACUAGAGCCCCAAGCCAAAAGAACCAGAUGAACAGAAUGGCUUCAGGCACUUUUGAACAUCCCUACUCCGUAUAUACACAGAGUGAAAGACCAGUCUCUCAAGCUGGCUUCCAUUGAAAGUAAUCUUAUUUGGGUUCUAGUUAUCUUUUUUCCAUAUCUAGCCAUGCAGAUACAGGAGUGAGACUUAAGGGUGAAUGGGAGAGACGAGAUGAUGCCGCCUCUGGAACUUUGUCAUAGGUUGUUAAAAAGACACUCAGUCUGGCUGGAGCAAAGGUGCCCUGUAGUAAUCAUUGGUUUCUUAAGCUUCCUAAGCUUCUGAGAAGCUUCUUCCCUAUUUUUUGUCAAUGUAAGUUUUUCUUUUUAGAUUUUAUUUAAUAAAAAAAUGAAGCAC